AUGGGGCGGGAAUUGCGUGGGCGGGACCCUGAAGUAACCAAGGACCUGCGGCGAGCCAAGCCCGUCGGGGGCGGGGCUUCUAGAGGCGCGGCUGAUCUGGGGGGAAGGGGGCGUGGCCCUCAUAUUGCCGCCGGGCCUCCGGGCUCGCUACGUCUGUCGACGCUGAGCAGGUUCUCCCGGGCGCUGGCCGACCGCGGGCUCCUGUUGCUGCCGCCACUCCUGCCACUGCCGCAGGUGGCACUGGGUUUCGUGGAAGGCAGCUGCGACCUGUAAGUGCCGCCGUCCCAGAGGUGCCCGCCCCAGGCCAGCUGGAGCAGCCUGUGGCACGUGGGGCUUAUCCUGCUCACUGCCCUUCUGCUGCUGCCCUGUGGGGUCUCAGCCAGCUGUGUCCGAUUCUGCCACCUCCGGAAGCAGGCACACACGCAGCCACACCUGCCGCUGGCACCUGAGCCCUGCGACCUGACAGCCAUCCCCGUGGACAGUGACAGCCCGGUGCAUAGCACUGUGACCUCCUACAGCUUCGUGCAGUGCCCGCUGGGCAUGCAGCUACCCCUGCCCUUCGGGGAGCUGGACCUCAACUCCAUGACCCCUCCAGCCUACAGGCUGUACGCCCCUGAGCUGCCGCCUUCCUAUGAGGAGGUCGUCAAGAUGACAAAGACCAGACAGGAGGAGCCACCUCCCUCCCUGUAA